AUGGCGAGGGACUUUCAGGACAUCCAGCAGCUGGACUCUGAGGAGAACGACCACCAGCUUUGCAGAGGUGAGGGCCCAGGCACUCGCGGGCACAGUCCCAGGAGAGAAGAUCCAUUCUGGAAAGGGACGCCUCCUCCCCAGCCCUUUGUCCUGCAGCGUCUCUGCUCCAAGCUCCGCCUCAGUCUGCUUGUCCUGGGCUUCAACAUCCUGCUGCUGGUGGCUGUCUGUGUGAUGGGGUCCCAAAGAGCACAGCUGCAAGUGGAGCUGCAGACCCUAAAGGAAACUUUCAGCAACUUCUCCUCGAGCACCUUGAUGGAGAUCCUGGCUCUAAGCUCCCAUGGAGGCAGCGCCGGUGACAAGGUGACAUCUCUGGAAGCCAAGCUGGAAAAACAGCAGCAAGACCUGAAAGCAGAUCAUGCCACUUUGCUGCUUCAUCUGAAGCACUUCCCGGUGGAUAUGCGCACGCUGGCUUGUCAGCUGGCGUUCCUCCAGAGUAACGGCACAGAAUGCUGCCCCGUGAGCUGGGUGGACUAUGAAGGCAGCUGCUACUGGUUCUCUCGCUCCGGGAAGCCCUGGCCCGAGGCUGAGAAGUACUGCCAGCUGGAGGACGCCCACCUGGUGGUCAUCAACUCCAGAGAGGAACAGAAAUUCAUUGCACAACACACGAACCCCUUUCAAACCUGGAUAGGCCUCACUGACAGUGAUGGCUCCUGGAGAUGGGUGGAUGGUACAGACUAUAGGCACAACUAUAAGAACUGGGCUGCCACUCAGCCAAAUGACUGGCAGGGGCACGAGCUGGGGGGCAGCGAGGACUGUGCUGAGAUCCGGGGGGACGGCCGCUGGAACGACGAUUUCUGCCAGCAAGUGAAACGCUGGGUGUGUGAGAUAAAGCGGAACAUCACCAUCUAG